GCCAUGGAAACCCAUUCCAUGAAGCUCUCUAACGCACUGUUGUUGGGCUCAUCUGAAGGCCACACCAAGUUUGGAGGUUUUUAGCUAUUGACUCUGCAGACAGUUGAAGCAGUCUGCAUGCCUAGGGCCUUGAUUGUAUACACCUGUGUCCAUGGAGGGGAUUGGAACACCUGAAUCACAUGAUUUGGAGGGGAUUGGAACAUCUGAAUCACAUGAUUUGGAGGGGAUUGGAACAUCUGAAUCACAUGAUAUGGAGGGCAGGGCAAUACUUUUGGCAAUAUAGUGUAUGUAUAUUUUUUUCUCCCAUGAAAGUGGAG